AUGGCCGAAUUCCUCGUUAACGAUGCUGAUCUCACCAGCCUCAAAGGCAAGGUUAUUGUCGUCACAGGCGGCUCCUCGGGUAUCGGCCUAGCAACGGUCGACCUAUUACUCUCACUGGGAGCUUUAGUGGUCAGCGGUGAUAUCCAGCCACCAAAGGAGUCACCAACCUCAUUAACGUUUGUGAGAACCAACGUCACCAUCUGGGCCGACCUCGUCGCGCUCUUCAAGAAAGCAAAGGAGGUCCAUGGCCACAUCGACCAUGUCUUCGCCAACGCAGGGAUUUCCCCCCGCGCUGAUUAUUUGGCAACGGAGGUGGAUGAGAACGGGGACCUGAAAGAACCCACGCACGAGCUGAUGGACGUCAACUUGAAGGGCGUCAUGAACACGGUUACGCUGGCUGUGUGGUACAUGCGCCAGCAGCCCGAAGGAGGCAGCAUCGUUGCCUGUGGCUCGAGUAUUGGAUUUCAUCGUGUGCGCGCUGUGGAUUACUGCACGGCCAAACAUGGCGUCCUAGGCUUCAUGCGCGGAAUCCUGCAAGUCAUCGACCAGUCUCAGCUCCCCGUGCGCGUCAACACGCUCGCGCCCAGCUGGACGGAUACCGCCGUCCUCCCCAACUUGAAGGAGAUAAUGCAGGGCCUCGGCCUGGAGGCACAGCCCGGGUCGGCGGUUGCGCGCGCGGCGGCUUACAUGAUGGUCGAUGCGUCCAGGCAGGGACAGGUAAUUUACUGUGCGCAUGGUAAGUACAAGGAGGUUGAUGAAGCCGUGUUGCUGCCUGCGUACGACGCUAUCAAGGGGGAAGGCAAUAUUUCGGAUGAUGAGGCGUUGAAGCGGAUAAUGCAGGUUAUGAUGGGUGGACAGGCUUAA